UUUUUACGUUAUUUUCCCAUGUGCACAUGAUAUUUUGAGACUUGCAGGCAUUUCAAUAAGUCAAUUUCAUACUGCUGACAGUAGUAAUCAGCAACUAGGGCCUGUCUAUGGUGCCUCAGUUCAGACUGAGGCCAGGUCUACACUAAAAGGGAAUAUUGAAUCAAGAUACGCAAUUCCAGCUACUCAAUAUACUUUGUUUUGAGUUUCCCUGCCCUCUCCACAGUGAUGGAAGACAGUCAGGCAUAUGUUUCCAGAAGUACUCAGUAGAAAAGAGAUGUGUCUGAGGGCCUGCCAUCUCUUAAGAUAUCAAGACCACUCUGAUGCAGGUCUUCUACUCUUCUCUCUCAUGGAGAUGAAACCACCUAUUUCCCGAGCAAAGAUGAUUCUCAUUACUAAAGCUGCCAUUAAAGCGAUUAAGCUCUACAAGCAUGUAGUCCAGAUAGUAGAGAAGUUUAUCAAAAAGUGCAAACCGGAAUAUAAAGUCCCUGGAUUAUAUGUUAUUGACUCUAUUGUUCGUCAGUCUCGUCACCAAUUUGGAACAGACAAAGAUGUUUUUGGGCCAAGAUUCUCUAAAAAUAUAACUGCCACAUUCCAGUAUUUAUAUCUCUGUCCAUCUGAAGACAAGAGUAAGAUAGUUCGUGUCCUGAACCUCUGGCAGAAAAAUGGAGUGUUUAAAAUAGAAAUCAUUCAGCCUCUCCUGGAUAUGGCAGCGGGAACAAGUAGUGCAGUUCCAAUGACAGAGAAUGCUACAAAUAAUGAAGGUUCACCACCCCCUCCAGCAAAGGUGCCAUCUGAGCCCACCCAAGUCACUGCUAAUUCAGUACCUACUGUGUCACAGUUGCCUAGUUCUGAUGCCUUUGCUGCUGUAGCUCAAUUAUUUCAGACAACACAAGGACAACAGCUUCAGCAGAUUCUUCAGACUUUUCAGCAACCUCCAAAACCCCAGUCUCCAGUCAUAGAUAAUACUGUUAUGGCUCAGGUUCAGGCUAUUACUGCUCAGUUGAAGACUACAACAACACAACCACCAGAACAAAAAGCUGCUUUCCCACCUGAGCAAAAAACGUCUUUUGAUAAGAAGCUGCUAGAUCGAUUCGACUAUGAUGAUGAGCCAGAAGCAGUAGAAGACUCAAAGAAAGAGGAUUCAACUCAGUCUCCUUCCAUUUCUCAACCACCAUUUGGAUUUCCAGGAGAAGGUAUGCAACCACCAGUAUAUCCACAGCUCCCAAAUAUAGAUCCAUUUCAACCACGGCUGAUGGGAAUGCAGCAAGAUCCAAUGCACCACCAGGUCCCACUACCUCCUAAUGGACAAAUGCCAGGUUUUGGACUUCUACCAACUCCCCAGUUUCCUCCCAUGACUCAGCCUGUGAUACCAGCAACACCACCAGUACAGCAAACUUUCCAGUCUCCUUUCCCAGUACAGAGUGAACCACACAUACAGAAAACACAUCAGCAGGAUAUGGAGGUAGAACAGCCCUGUGUUCAGGAAGUUAAACGGCAUGUUUCUGAUAACCGAAAAUCAAGAUCUAGAUCAGCAUCAAGAUCUCCAAAAAGGAGACGAUCGAGGUCUGGCUCUCGGUCUCGAAGGUCACGUCAUCGUCGCUCUCGUUCCCGAUCCCGGGAUAGGCGCCGACACUCUCCUAGAUCUCGGUCACAGGAAAGGCGUGAACGAGAAAAAGAGCGAGAACGCCGGUCAAAAGGCCUUCCUCAAAUCAAAUCAGAAACUGUAAGCGUUUGUAGUACUACACUCUGGGUUGGACAACUAGAUAAAAGAACAACUCAGCAGGAUGUUGGAAGUCUUUUAGAGGAGUUUGGCCCUAUUGAAUCUAUAAAUAUGAUCCCGCCUAGAGGAUGUGCCUAUAUUGUAAUGGUUCACAGACAAGAUGCUUACCGUGCCCUACAAAAACUGAGCCGAGGCAACUUCAAAGUCAAUCAGAAAUCCAUAAAGAUUGCAUGGGCUUUAAAUAAAGGAAUUAAACCAGACUAUAAGCAGUAUUGGGAUGUAGAAUUAGGUGUUACCUACGUACCGUGGGACAAAGUGAAGCCUGAAGACCUUGAAAGCUUUUGUGAAGGAGGAAUGUUGGACAAUGAAACUCUUAGCCCAGAGUGGAAAGGAAUUCCUAAGAAAUCUGAAAAUGAAGUAGCCCAAAACGGAGGUGCAGAAACUACACAUACUGAACCAGUGUCGCCUAUACCUAAACCAUUACCUGUUCCAAUGCCUGUUCCCAUGCCAGCACCUAUAACAGUACCUCCUCCACAGGUUCCUCCACAUCCAUCCGGUCCUCCUGUAGUUGGUGCACUUCAGCCACCUGCUUUCACGAUUCCUCCUCCUGGAUUUGCCCCUGGUGUACCACCACCUCCAUUUUUGCGACCUGGAUUCAAUCCAAUGCAUUUGCCCCCAGGCUUUCUUCCUCCUGGACCACCGCCUCCUUUAACCCCUCCAGUAUCUGUUCCUCACACUCCAGCAAUAAGCAUCCCAAAUUGUUUCUCAGCUACUGCGCCUACCAUAAGUGAAGACACUACGAAAGACUUAUCUAUUGGAAAUCCCAUUCCAACAGUGGUUUCUGGAUCGAGAGGGAAUGCUGAGACUAGUGAUGGUUCCAAAAUAUUUGCAACUGUUCCACCACCUGUAACACCUCCUAACAUACCUCCACCUGUUACCCAACCUAUUUCGCUUCUUGGUACUCAAGGGGUUACACCACCUGCACCUGUGAUUGGGCUACAGGCACCAUCUACUGGCCUCCUUGGGGCACGGCCUGGUUUAAUACCACUCCAGCGACCUCCAGGACUACAACGGUUUCCCUUGAUGCCACCUCGGCAUAUGCCUCCCCAUAUGAUGCACAGAGGUCCACCUCCAGGACCAGGGAGCUUUGGAAUGCCUCCGCCACAUGGAAUGAAAAACCCUUUCCCACCACCUGGUCACUUUGUCAGGCCUGGCGGGAUGCCAGGAGCUGGAGGACAAGGUGGGCCUGAAGAAAAUAGAGAUGGGAGGCAGUUUAGGAAUGAUAGGCAGACAUUCACUCCUAAUAGAGACCAAGAAAGGUUUGGAAGGAGGUCUUUUGGAAACCGGGUAGAAAAUGAUCGUGAGCGCUAUGGUAACCGCAACGAUGAUAGAGAUCAUGAGCGACUUGGUAAUCGUGAAAGGAGAGAAUGGGGAAGAAGAAGCCCUGAACGUGAUAGACAUAGAGACUUGGAGGAGAGAAAUAGAAGGUCCAGUGGACACCGAGACAGAGAGAGAGAUUCUAGAGAUAGGGAGUUUCGUAGAGACAAGGAAGAAAAUAGAGGAAAGGAAAAACCCGAGCUGACAGACAGGGCAGAUGGUGACAAAAACCACGAAUCUCAUAGUGGCAAAAUGGAAAAUGCAGACAUUGUUUCAGAACUUAAUAAAGGGGAAUCUGAACCGAGAGGUGUAAAAGCUGAUGAAGAGUUAACAUCUGAGGCUACCUCAUCUGUUGAGCAAGCCGAAAAGGAUACCAGCUCAGUUGUAGAGGCUCCUCGCUAGAGACUGGAAUUUGUCAAAAACAUGACAGUGACAUUUAUUGGAGUGUAGAGCUUUAGAGUUGUACAGUAUUGCUGUAUUAUAUUUGCUUCUGCUAUAUCACAACCCCUCAGUAGUUUGUGGGGAAUUGUAAGCAAUUUGAUUGCUUCCCUUCUAUUUAAAAUAGCAACAACAUAACACAAAAUACUGAAGAUAUGAAUAUUAUCCAUUUUUGCUGUAACUUUUUUAAAGUUUUGACUUUAAAAAGUUUACAAAUCAAAAGUAGAAGUGCUUUCUAUUUUUUUUUUAAUUUAAGAAAAGGUAACGGUGAAAGCUUCUCAAAACAAUAGGGAUGUGUUUUUAAUAAACUCUAUUUUCGUAACAAACUUUAAUGUGUGCUAUUCUUCCUACACUGCACUGAAGUGGAAAAGGAUUGUUCAACAUCUUAAAGUUUGAACUGUUAAUGCUGUACUGGAGUCUAAAUUAGACUGUUUUGUUUAUAAUUGUUAAAAAGAAAUACAUUUGUUUGUGUAGCUAUUCAUAAAAGCAAAUUUUUAUUUGUAAUAGUUAUUUUGAUUUUUAGAUUGCUGCAUUUUAAUGAUCUACUUGACCAUACUAGGUAAAGGUUAGUGGUUUUAAAAUGUUAUUUGAAAAGGUAAAUGUUUGUGUUUGCAAUGCAAUCAAGGUUUUAUUUCUUUUUCAAUUGGUUCUAUAAUGUUGCCCUAAUUAAUCUUUAAAAAUACUUACUGACAAAGCAGACCACUUCCAACAUAGUCUGCUCUGCUUGUAAUGUAAUAUAUUAAGAGUGUGUGUGGUGGGCUAGGGAAGCACCAGUUCAGCAUCUUUUGUACUUGUAAUUCAUUAAUGCUUUUUGGAAAGGAGGAUGGAAGAGAAAUCAAAGACACCAAAUCACCAAUUUAAAAUGCUAACCUAUUUUUUUUAAGUGGGGGAGGGGUGGAAAGUGGUGGUGGGGGUAUUCAAGGAUUUUAUAAAAUGCUGUGUUCCUUCACACAAGUUUAGCCAAUUGUUUGUUUAUAUUAACAUUACCUAUUUCUUGUAUUUGAGCAAGAGGUAGGCUUAACCUUUUUGCCCAUUUGAUGGUGGUGUAAUCAAAUGAAUGGAAGAAUACACAUUCCUGUAUCUGUGUAAGUUUAACUGUUCUCUCUCCAUCUGCCAGAUUAUUUGUAAAAUAAACUACAAAAGGGCAAGUGUUUAAAUCUAAUAGCCCUUUUGAUGCAGACAAUUUAGGAGCUACCAACAAUAAUCUGAAACUAACCACAAAACCCCAAAGAAUUCUGUAUCUGGAAGCUUUCUCCUUGAUUACCCUGUGCACAAGAAAAUGAGGCCUAUAUUACACAAGUUCAACUGAAGUUUAUCAUAUGUAGUGGAAAAAUUUGUAUGACUCUUGUCCAUGUUCACGUUUUUCCCCUUGAGAGUAGAUGUGCUCUGCAUUUUAAAGUUGAUAUUUUCUUUCCUUUCUAAACUGAAGGGCAGCUGCUUUCUUACAUCAAUACUUUUUUCAUAGUUGGGAUUUUUUUUUGGUGGGGGGAUAACAGGAGGAUGAUGACAUGGGGGAAGAGGACAUAUAUUUUUGUUCUUGCAAUAGCAGAAUAAAGAAAAAAAACUGUUUACUUA